CCCACUCGCCCCCUAGUAGGGUUUCCGAAUCAGAGGGAGAGCCAGAGAGGGAAAGCGAAAGCAGUGAUAGAUACAAAAAAAAAAAAGAAGAGAGUGGCAAGGCCGAGGGGGAAUUAGAAAAAGAGCUCAGGAGAAAAGAUAGCUUAUUCCUCGUCUUCUUCUUCUUCUCGAUCAGCUUCAAGCCGGAACUCGACGAUGGGAAGGGGAAAAUUCAAGGGCAAGCCUACGGGUCGAAGGCACUUCUCAACUCCUGAAGAGAUGCUGGCAGGUACAUCAGCUCGCCCUCGGACUUUUAAACAGGAAGAAGCUGUUGAAGAGGAGGAAGAAGAAUCUGAAGAGGAAUCUGAAGAAGAAUCUGAGAAGCGGAAAGGUACCCAGGGUCUUAUUCAGAUCGAGAACCCUAAUUUGGCAAAACCAAAGACUUUAAAAGCUAGGGAUGUUGAUAUUGAGAAAACAACUGAGCUCUCAAGGCGUGAAAGGGAGGAGAUAGAGAAACAAAAAGCUCAUGAGCGAUACAUGAGGCUGCAGGAGCAAGGGAAAACAGAACAAGCAAGAAAAGAUUUAGAGCGUUUAGCCCUGAUACGCCAACAGCGAGCAGAUGCAGCUAAGAAGAGGGAAGAAGAGAAGGCUGCCAAAGAACAAAAGAAGGCUGAAGCUCGCAAGUGACCCAUUUCAUGCCAGUAAAAGUUCAGUGGAAUAAGUUCACCUGCUACAAAAAUGCAUUCUCUUUAUGGUUGUCAAAUUAACUAGUUGUUAACUUCUUAUUGAAGUAAUUACCGUGUCAGCAUUUGUGAUAACUUGAUAUUUAACCUUGUUAUAGCCCAUAAAAAAUGCUUGACCUUGUUACUGUGUUGUUAUCUUAAGCACAGAUAGAAUUCCAAUUUUAUGAUGUUGUGGGCUUCUUUCC